UGCGAAUCGAUUUUUCCGGCGAUUAUCUCGCGCGCGCGACGAUGACCACUUUUUGACGUCGCGACGCGACGUCGCGAGCGGCCUGUUUUAUAACGCAAACAAUCAAUUCACGAUGCUCGUUACAUUACACAAGUCAGUCACGGCACCCGGGGAAAAUAUUGAUCAACGCGGCCCAGCUUGACCGCUUGACAGUGUGCGCCCGUAGCGAUUGCGGGUAGUUAUGUGCCGAGGAAUUGUCGCGCGGACGCCGCGCGUACGGAAGUCGAGACACGGCUUCUUGUUGCUGUUGCUGUCGAUCGCGCAUCUGCCGUUGCUGCGACACGCCGAUGCCAAAAUAUUACGCGGUGAUUUGGUGACACCCGAGAACUGGGCGUUCGUCGCGAGGUUCUGCUUCCUGACGGAACGCGGUACCUUCCGGUACCACUUUACCCUGGGGGGCCAGGAGCGCAACCUGAACCUCCUCUUGUACUACGAUGGGGAGCACCAGUGGCCGAACGUCUACCCGUCGAACAAGACGUGCGAGGAGAAGGAGAGCGUCCUCGACAUCGAGCACGGCCAGGUAGUCCCGUUGAACACGUCGAUGAGCCUGUCGUCGGGGUGCACGCGGGGCACCGACGACGUCGUCCAAUGCGACAGUCAGCGGAGGUUCAUCUCGGUGCGGCCGAGGUGGUGGUUCGUCGCGUUGGCCGACUGCUCGUCGACGAACGGGCUGAACGUCUCGUACUGGAUAUCGCUGACGAACGCGCCGACCGGCACCUUCUGGAAGGAGCACUUCUCCGCGGACGAAUUCUACAUACUGCCGCUGCUGAUCGCGACCGCCAGCGUCUACGUGAUCCUCGUCGCGUUCAGCCUGCACUUCGCGCUGCAACUGCGCUCCAGGCGGCUGCUGCACAUAUCCUACAAGAUGUUCAUGGCGUCCCUGCUGUGUCAACUGCUCGGCGCGCUCUGCGAGAUCUACAGCUACGUGAACCUCGGCCUGAGGGGGACGCCGGUGGCGAAUGCCUAUCUGCUCGGCCAGCUCGCGGAGGCGAGCUGCGAGACGCUGUACACGACGCUGAUGCUGCUGCUCGCGCUCGGCUACACGGUCACCAAGAGCGUCCUCACGCUGCCGCAGAUCCGCUGGCUCGCGAUAUUCGUCGGCGUGACCGCCUUCUGUCAGAUAUUCCUCUACAUCUACGAGUUCGAGGUGUUCGAUUCAGGAUUGGUGCUGUACCUGUACGAGUCGCCGCCCGGCUACUGGCUGAUCGCGCUCAAGCUCAUCGCCUGGUUCGUCUUCGUCACGCGUUGCUGCAAGACCAUCAGGAAGAUGAACACGAAGCUCAACUUCUACGCCUCGCUGCUCUCCAUGGGAUCGGCGUGGUUCCUCUGCAACCCGUUAACGGUAUUGACCAUCACCAUAUUCGUGGACAGAUGGAUGAGGGAGAGCGUCGCUAAAGCAAGCUCCCUUUGGAUGGUCUUCUUGGGUCACGUGAUGUUUUUGUAUGUAACUCGACCGUCCGUGAACAACAAACGUUUUCCAUUCCACAUUAGGACCUGCCAAGUAAUGCCGAUAGGCGGGCAUGGGCAGGAUCACAGCUACGAGCCUGGUCCGCGAACAGCGGUCACGGUGUUCACAAUCGCGCAGACAUGGCCUUACCGUAGUGAACCGCACUGAACAUAGAUAGAAAUAACGAGAAAUAAGAUAUAUUUAUAGGAGGGAGUGCGAUCACUGGUGGACCGUACUCUUGUCUAAAAGGCUUAAAGGGCGAAUUUUGUAUAACAUCAGUAUAUUUUUCUACUAAACUUGACGAGGUGCAAUUUUUUGCAUUGGAUUUGAAUUCCUAUUCGAAGAUUGUAUAAUUAAAUCGUAUAAUUAGAAUAAUAACGAUGUAACGUUAAUGAAUCGACGCCAUCACGCUGGCGCUGACGUUUAUAUGUAAGCAACUGCGAGUCUAUGCCAUAAUGAUUGCCUUUUAUUUUCCCUGUUGUUACAAAGAGAUUUAUAGUAAAUGCAUCCUACGAUUCUC